ACGUUUUUAUGUUUGAAAUUAAUUUUGUUAUAUGUGAUGUAAGUGUGUUGAAUAUAUAAUUAAUCCACAGCAGAUCAUUUAUAAAAUGCUAUAUGUUGAUGACUUAUUUCUUGGAUCUUUUUGAAUCUGAAUUAUUGGCUAUUUAGGAGAAUUUGAAUUAGGGGUUAAUCAUCCGUUAAUAAAAUUAUCAUAUGCUAUAAAACAUAUAAUAUUUUCUCGAGGAUGAUGAUUGUGAUUAGAGAUGUCAUGAUGGAAUAAUGCCAAUCUGAUCCUAAUAGAUUGAUUUGAUUGCAGCAGAUUGAUCUUAAUAUAUAAUAAAAGUACAAGCUAAUUAACGUUGGAGAUACUCAUUCUAGCCAGCUCAUUGUUAAAUCACAAAAUCGAAAACAAAAUUAACAGGUUUUACGUGGCCUGUUCUGGUCAUGCUAUAUUUUAGUCCUAUACAAAUCAGAGUCUAUCUGAGAGUGGACUUGUUUUUUCAAAACAUAAAACGUGACACGGUACAGACAAGGCCUGUUGAUUUACAAUCUUUUGGUCCUAACACAUAUGUAUUUAUUUGUAAUUGACUAGUGUUUUGACUUGAAAUGCUUUCGGAACGUGACAAGAUCAAUGAUGCUACCAAAGGUGUUUUGUAACAAACAUGAAAGUGAUGUUCUCAUCUUCACCUCAUGUGGGUAGAGCUUUUAAGUAACUUAUGCGUGUGCAUGUCAAAAAAAUGUGUGAUGAGAGCGCAAAUGUUCUAGGCAAUUAUGAUGUGAUAAUCUCAACCACUUGCACCUACUCGCAUAGAGAAGCAAGCAUAAAAUAAUAUAAAGUAUAGACCAUAUGUCAUCAACUUUAAUCUGAAUCUUUGAACAAAAUAAUAUUUUUUUAAGAAGAUAUUAUAGAUGUGAAGAAAAUUCUAUAGAAAAGAAUAUCAACUGUUGACAAGCUAUAGAAAAGAACAUCAAAUUCUAUAGAAAAUUAAUUUUGUUGGGUUUGUGAUAGUCAUCUAGCAUUUCAAUAAAGAGUAAAAGAAUAUGGCUUUAUGUCUAUUCUAAUUUUUAUUGGGAUCUUAACAAAAAUUGAUUGUGAUAGUCAUCUAGCACUUCAAUAGGAUGUGAUCUUCUUCUGAUCUUCCAUAUAGUAAAAGUAGAACCAAUUUUUGUAACACAAAAAAUGAAGAUAAAUUACAUGUGUAAAGAAGGGUUCUGAACGAUGAUCCACUAUGAGCUCUUUAUAUACAUACAUUUUGUUUUUUUUUUUUCAUUACACUUAUACAUACAUUUUGUAUAAGAUGAUAAUAUAUAUGAAAAAACUUAAAUGGAGAAUGGUAGAUAAAUAGAUACAGAACGUGUGGGAUGUGCGAAAGAAAAGAGACAAAACAAAGACAGAAAGGUGAAGACUCGACAAAUUGGGUUUGAAACUUGUGUUUGUCCCAAGACAGACAACCCCGAGAACGAGCCUCAAUGGCGUGGCCUCCUUUUCAAACCUUGACAAAUUUAUUUGUUUUUUUAAUAACUAGUUUGUUUAACUCGUUUUGGAACUCUCACUUUUGUGUUUCGUGCACACUCUAUCUCACAUACACACACUGAUAUUAUACUAUAUAGAUAGAUAUACAUAUGUGUUUGUAAGUUCCUUUUGGUUAUAUAUAUAUAUAAGAGAAGAAGAAAAAGAAAGCACAGCACCAAAAAACCUUCUCAUAGCUAAAAUCAUUUCAAGACAAAUUUAGCGCACAAAAAAAAUCACUUCAAGACAAUGAAGCUAAUUAGUAUCACCUUCUUGCUUUGUGCAUUGGUUUUGUUAUUGCUUCUAACUCCAACAUCUUCUCUACAACUCCACCCUCGCUACUCAUCUCCUAGCCAAGGUGAAAGUGAAAAGAUUUUUAUUACAAUGGCGCCAAGGAAACUCAUGAUCAUCUCUAGUGAACAUGUAAAUGUGAUGAAGUCAGGUGCUCCUGAAGGUUCAAGCGAACAACUUCAAGUCACUUCUUCCUCUGGAAAAUCUAAGAGUGAAGAGAAGAAAAUAGGUGAAAAGGAAGAGGAGAAUGCUCUAUCGAAAUAUCUAUCAAUGGAUUAUCCAAAAUUUAGAAGAAGACGGCCAGUUCACAACCUCUAAGUCCAAUAUGCAUUUUUCAAUACAACUUUUAAUUUCAGCUAGAUUAAUUAAUUAGUUAAGAUAGUGUAGCCGUGUAGGAUAGUUUAGUAGUUGGUAUAACAUACUCCCUCCGUUUUUUUAUAUAAGUCGUUUUACAGCUAUGCACGUAGAUUAAGAAAACCAUUAAUUUCUUAUAUUUUCUAAAUAAAAACAUCAUUAAUUAUUUACUUAACCACAAUUCAACCAAUAGAAAAAUAAAGGAUAUAUUAACAUUGGUCAUACAACAUUAAUUACUAAUAAAUUUUACAUAGAAAACGACAUAUAAUUUGGAACAAAAAAAUUUCUCUACAACGACUUAUAUUUAAAAACGGAGGGAGUACUAGUUAGUUUCUUUGGGAAUAUUAAGGAACAAGUUUUAGGGAGAUUGUUGUAACGGAAUUGUUGGUGUUUAUUCUUUCUCUUCAUAGAUUUACUUUUAGUUAAUUAAUGAUUAAUGACCGACAAGAAAUGAGCAAACCCUUAAAAUUCUGGGUUGGGGGUUGAGCUAAUUAACUGCUCGUCGUUGCACGCACUGUAACAUGGUGGCUGAUUCAGUUGUUAACUAUUCCUGUUUUUUUAUAUACUCUCUCCGUUUUAUAUUGUAAAUAGUUAGCAGAAAAUGUUUGUUUCACAAUAUAAGUAGUUUUCAUAUUUUAAUGCACAUUUAUUCUUUAUUGGAUAUUGUGUAAUCAAUCAAAUAAUGCUAGUUUUUUUAUAUUAGGAUGAAUUUAAAAUUAAAUAAUAUUUUUUUUACAAAAGCAACAAUUUCUUAAUAUUAGUGCUUUUAACUAAAACUAUUUACAAUAUGGAACAAAGAGAGCAUGACGCUUUAGGAUUGUGCACACAUAUUAAAAAAUAUUUAAUUUUUUAAACAAAAACUUAUUAGUUGUUUAUCUAAUCACAAUUUAACCAAUAAUAAAAUAGAAAUUAUAAUAUCAUUGGUCAUCUAGCAUUAAUUAAUAAUAAAUUUUACAUAGAAAAUUGAAAACAUCAAAUAAUUUGGAACAAAUUUUUUUUUCUAAAACGUCAAAUAUAAAAAAACGGAGGGAGUAGUAUUCUUACCCAUACUGUGCAUACGGGAAAAGAAAAUGAUUAAUUUAGUAUGUUAAACGAAUAUGAUUUGUAGCAAUUUUUAUUGCCUGAUUCAUGCUUAAUAUAUAACAUCCUCCUCUGCUUCUUUUUGGAUGGACAAAUUGAUUAAUAAUAUUCUACUCAAAUUCACUUUACACUUUUAAUACGGUUACUUGGUUGCAAGGUAUGUGGAGAUCAUUAUGCUUAUAUAUACAGAAGCCAACACAUUAAUGUAAUUAUUUAUACACACUCGUGACAGAUGUUGCUUAAAUCAAACUAAACUCGAUAUUCAAUUUAAACAAAAAGAAAUGAAAAAAUAACUGGAUAUUUAGCUCCAUAGCUCCAUCAUAUAAUUGAUAUAUAUAUUUUCUUUAUAAAUACAAAACCGUCUAUUGUCAAAAAAUAAAAUAAAAUACAAAACUGUCUACACUGGAAUGUAUUUACCUCUAAUUAUAGUAUGAAAAAUCCAUCUGGACUCCAACUCUCAAGAUUUCUUCUAAUUUUGGCUACAAAUCAACACAAUAAUGAAGCAAAUGUCUCUCCUGUUGUUGACAGAUCAGACUUUUAGAGUACUGAGAAAUCGACAUGUCAUUAACUGAAAAAACAUUGAAAACCAGUUAAAACAUUUGGUUUCUCCACGUCAUUUUCUUGAUGUCGAACAUAUUUGUCUUCGUUGAUGUUUAGCACAUUAAAGCUCCAUUUCAGCUGAUUUGUCUGGACCCUGAGAAUGGCAAUCAACCUGCAGCGAGAUCAAUAAAAUAACAAUCCAUUAGACAACUAUAAAUUGAACAAACAAAAAAAAAUGCUAUGAACCUGGCUGCUCUGUAAAGCAUAUAAUGAUUGAUUUCUUAACCUUUAAUUCCCUACAAAAGAAGAUACAUAACCACCUUCAUGAUCAUCUUUAAGUCAGUCCCCCAUUGUCCUAAUCAAAAAGAGUAAGCAGUAGCAGUGAUCAAUUCCGCCAAAACCUUAAUUUCUCUAAACCCCAGCCUCUCUAGACAAGUAAAUAUAACAAUGGCGAAGGGACAAAAAGUCAAGGUGGUCUGCGUCCAUGACCGGGUCCAUGACCGGAGCCUUAACCCAAAGUCCAAUCCGCUUAACGACAUCAGACACGAUGGUUACCAUAGGUAACUGGACUUUGAUACUCCUCCUCCUCUAUCAAAUUGAAAUCAACACCAUCCACAGCCGCCGCCGGAUCAUAUCCCGUCUGCUCAACGUUUAUAGUCUCGGCUUUGUCAAGGAGCCGUUACUGAAACCUACUGAAGAAGAAUCUGGCUAUGGCUAGAGCGACGAAUAGGGGUGGGAUCAAUCAUCGACUUAGUCACUCGUCUAAGUUGUAUGGUCACCGAAUCAGCCGCUGACGCUUCCUCUGAUGUGGAGUUACCAAAGAAGAUGCUUCGUUUCUUCGGCAUCAUUCUUCAUUCUUCGGCAUCGUUUCUUUGAGGUAUGUUUCCCUCAUGAUUUCUUUAAGUUUAGAAACCACAGCUAUGUAAAUUUCUUAUAAGGUUGCUGAUUUUCAGAGAGACAUGAUACAUAGAUAUUGCUAUAUAUACAUCUUUAUCUUACUUACAGCUUGCAUCGCGCGUAUCUUGGACAUGGUAUAAGAAAAAGUAUCCUCAAAUGUGUUGUAUCAAUGGUCGACUGUGAUUGUUUACUCUAUAACCAGAAUUUUAGGGAGUUUUGUUUCCUAUAAUUCUUUAUCAAGCUAGACGGUCACUUGGGUUCAUGUCAAAGACCCAAACAAGUCUUUUAAGAGUUUUAGUCUGAACUUUUGAGUUCAAAUUCUAACUUAUUACGUGUAAAAUGUGAUUUUGUUGCAAGUGGAGUCAACAAGUGCCACGAACGAGUCAGUCCUCAAGGUUCCGUUGGACCACAGGAAGCAAGCAGCAGGAGUGAUAAAGUCACAUGACAGAGAAGUGGUGUGUCAGAAAGCUGGUGAUGCCAUCUGUGGUCAAGAUCAACGAGGUAGUCGAUUGAUAAAAUGGGAGCUAUAAUCUUCUUGCUUCAAUCCAAUGCUUGAGUGCGUAUAUUAUUUUGUUCUCACAUAUAUGUAGUUUUAUGAACAAGCUCAUACAUUCCUAAAAUUACAUUUCGCAUUGUUAAGUUAAGGCAUUAUUUUGUGUUCGGCUGUGUUU